AUGGACUCCAAACAGCCGGCAGAUAAGCUGACACCUUGUCCAUCUGACCAACCCGAGGUCGAAGAAGGCACUGUCACCGUCAAUACGUCCGGCCACACACAAGAACUCGAUCGCAACUUCAACAUAGUCAGCUGCUGUGCUGUAGGAAUUGUGACCGGCAACACAUGGUGUGCCCUCGGAGGAUCUAUAGUCGUAGCCCUGUAUAAUGGAGGACCGACUGGCGUGCUCUUCGAGUUCCUCGCAGUCAGCGUAUUCUACUGGAUGGUGGGUGCUUGCAUAGCAGAGUUGGCAUCCAGCAUGCCAUCUUCAGCAGGAGUAUACCACUGGGCAACUGCCACCUCGGGACCGAGUUACUCGAAGUUCCUUGGCUUCCUGGCGGGUUGGUGGAAUGUCCUGGCCUGGAUCUUUGGGUCCGCCUCGAUGUCAUCAAUCCUAGCGAAUGAGGUACUAGCCAUGUGGGGACUCUUCCAUCCAGGAUACGUCGCUGAACGUUGGCAUGUUUUCAUCGGCUACAUCAUAAUCUCUUGGUCGUGUUGCGGUGUUGUGCUGUUCGCCAACAGAGCUUUGCCAAUGAUCAAUACAGUUGGCCUAUUUUUGACACUGGGAGGCUGCUUCCUCACGAUCCUGGUCUGUGCUAUAAUGCCUACCACGUCCGGUACAGGUUAUGCCACCACAGCAGCGGUCUGGUCAUCUUGGUCGAACGACACUGGCUACAAAUCCAAUGGUCUCGUCUUCGUCACAGGAAUGCUCAAUGGUGCCUUCUCUGUGGGCACUCCAGACUGCGUAUCGCAUCUUGCAGAAGAGAUCCCUCGCGCAUCUCGCAACGUGCCCAAGGCCAUUGCUGCGCAGAUGGGCGUUGGCUUCAUCACCGGUUUCGCAUAUCUCAUCGCCAUCUUCUACAGCAUCAACGACAUCGAUGCCUUGAUCAACAAUCCUUACACCAAUCCAUUGGCUGAGCUGUACAGACAAGCAACAGGAUCAAAGGCCGGAUCUUGCGGCUUGCUUAUCGUAGUUUUCCUGCCUACAGUAGCCAACUGUAUCGGCACUUAUAUCACCUGCGGACGCAUGCUUUGGACUCUUUCGCGUGACCGUGCCACCCCCUUCUCGGACACACUUGGUAGAAUCUCACCACGUUGGGGAAAUCCGUUUGCUGCUACCGUUGCCUGCCUCCUCAUCACUACUGUGCUGGGCCUCAUCUACCUCGGCAGUGCUGUGGCCUUUAAUGCUUUUGUCGGAUCGUUCAUCAUCCUCUCAUCGGCUUCGUACCUCGCCGCUAUCCUCCCUCAUCUGCUGAGCAGACGUAAGAAUAUUGAAUUUGGACCAUUCAAGAUGCCGGACAAGGUUGCUGCGAUUCUUAUGCCGAUUGCAUGUCUGUAUAUCGCAUGUUUCAUUGUCAUCUUCUGCUUCCCUUACUCGUAA